CACUUUCAAAUCUCAAACCCUAGAUCUAAUAAUAAUAAAUAAUAAUAAUAAUAAUAAUAAUAAUAUAAUUCAGUCUGUAUCUGAUAUCAAUAAAGAAGAAUGAUGGAGGAUGUGACUACUAAUGUUGUUGAUCCAGAUUACGAAUUCUCGGCACCCAGAUUCUUUGAUUUCAUUCAAGGAGAAACUCAAGACCAGAUUCUUCACGCACAGCUUUGGUUCGAUACGGCCCUCACUUACGCCCCUUCACCUUUUAUGCAUAAGGUCAAGACUACAAGAGCACUUGAGAUGGAGAGCCUUUGUGAUUUUACACAAUCUGAAAAUUCUCACAUGGAUUCUGAAUCAACAACUUCAUCUAUCAACAUCAAUUCAGGACCAGAGAAACAAAGCAAUGAAAAGACUGAGAAUAAUACUGCUGAAAAGACCGAGAAUGAUACUACUGAGAAUAAGGAAGCAAUUGCCUCCAAAAAAGAAAACAACAAUAAACAAAUGAAGAUAUAUGUUUAUUCGCCUCAAGACACAGUAGGAACUUCUGCAAUUGUUGAUAAAAGUAAGACGACAAAAAGCACAUACCCUUCUCAGGAAGCAGCACCAACAAGUACUCCUAAACCGCAGAUAAUGGACUCUCAAAUGUAUAAGAAUGUGCCGCAAACAGAGUCAAAGAAGCAACAAACAGCAAGAAGGAUUGCUAGUACAGUCAAGAAUCCAUCAGUACUCAAAUCGAAAAAUCAAUUACAACCCGAAGGCAUUAAAACACCAGCUGUUGUCAGAAAGGGUCCAAUUCAAUCUUUAAAUAUGGUAGCUGCUACUCCCAAUCUUGCUCAAGAACACCAAGCCAUAAAGAGGCAGAAACUUGAAGAUGGAAAGAAAAGACAGAUUUUGAACAUCAAAUCACAAACCUUCCACCACAAAGAAAGAUCUGGUGUUGUUAAUGGGAGCAACUCCAGCUUAGCUACCCCAUCAAGAUCCCGAAAGGAGGAAAGAAAGAUGUAUGUUCGUGAGCCAACAACGUCCGUUCCGUUUGUUUCAAUGGCUGAAAUGAUGAAAAAGUUUCAAUCUGGCACAAGGGAUAUGAAUCUGCCUCCUCGUCCUUCUUCAAUCUCAAAUGGAGCUAGCCAAGUGAUUCCAAAGAAGCCGAAAUUGACAUUGACCAGGCCAAAGGAACCUUCAUUUGAAACUUCUCAACGUGUUCGUUCUGUAAAACUCAAGAGUUCAACAGAGAUUGAAGAAGAAAUGAUGGCCAAGAUUCCAAAGUUUAAGGCCCGUCCAGUCAACAGAAAGAUACUUGACGCUCCAACAUUGCCUGCAAUGAAAAGAAGUACACCUCAGCUACCUGAGUUCCAUGAAUUUCAUUUGGAAACAAUGGAAAGGGCUAAUCAAAAUGCAGAAACAUCAACGGUUGCCUCAACAGAAGGAGCCCCUCAUAUUCACCAAUGGAGGCCUCAUCUUACAACACCCAAGACACCCACUUUACAGACAUUAUUAAGAGCAAGACCUCCUAAGAUUAAAAGUACUGAGGAACUUGAGAAAGAAGAACUUGAGAAAGCUCCCAAGUUUAAGGCCAGGCCUUUGAACAAGAAGAUAUUCGAGAGUAAAGGCGAGUUGGGUCUGUUUUGUAACAAAAAGAGACAAGUUACCAUUCCUCAAGAAUUUCACUUUGCAAUUGAUAGAAGAAUUCCAGCUCCAAUGCCGAAUGUUGCUGACGUGUUUGACAAGCUUUCAUUGUACUCAGAGACCUCAGAGACCAACAAACAGAGACCAUUUCUUAGGAACACUGCACCCAAUCCUUUCCAUCUGAAAACUGAGGAAAGAGGAGCAGAGAAAGAAAAGAGAUUUGUGAUGGAAGUUAUUAAUAAGCAAAUUGAAGAUGAGCAGGCUAGGAUACCCAAAGCCACCCCAUAUCCAUAUACUACUGAUUACCCAGUGUUUCCUCCAAAACCGGAGCCCAAACAGUGCACCAAGCCAGAACCCUUUCAGUUAGAGAGUUUGGCAAGACAUGAAGAAGAAAUUCAACGAGAAAUGGAAGAAAGGAGGAGGUUGGAGGAAAAAGAUGCGAGGUUGAGAAUGUUCAAGGCUCAACCAAUAUUAAAGAAGGAUCCUAUUCCUGUUCCUGAGAAAGUUCGUAGACCUCUUACAGAGAUUCAGGAGUUCAAUCUACUUGUAGAACACCGAGCUGUCGAUAGAGCUGAGUUUGACCAAAAAGUCAAAGAGAAAGAGAUGAUGUACAAGAGAUAUAGAGACGAGGCAGAAUCCGCAAAGAUGAUGGAGGAAGAGAAAGCUUUGAAACAACUAAGAAGGACUUUGGUUCCUCAUGCGAGGCCUGUGCCCAAUUUCAACAAACCUUUCUUACCCAAAAAGUCAUCAAGAGGAGUCACAAAACCAAGAUCACCUAGACUGAAAGUCGCUGAAAGAAGAAAGAUGGUCGUGGCUGCAGCAAUCUCAAGUGCAGCAUCAAAUAUGAGAUAAUCUUUGGGUGUGCAAAAAAAGUCGCAACUUAGUUCAAGAACUCUUGAAUAUCAUAUAAUCUGUUAACUUUAGAAAAUAUGUCGUGUUAUUGAAAUUGUUGGUGGUGUUUGUACUUAAAUAAUCUGUUAACUAGUUCGAUCACCUUCGAAUGUAUGGUUUGUGAUAUAGAGAAAUCUUCGAAAGUA